UGGACUAGAUUUUUUUUAGGCCGACAACUAUAUAUAGCUUCUGUGUUUACAGUUAGUGUUAGAACUCUUUGUUUAUGUCUUCAAGUGGAAUUCAACAUGUUCUAUCUGUUUAACAGUUGACUUUAUUUCUCAUAACUGAUGGCGGGCAGAUAUUGUCAGACAUACCAAUAAAUCUCGUCAGCAUAUAGAUUUUUUUUCUCCACACUUUUUUUUAUUUUAUCCACUUUGUAACUGAAGAGGAAACUUCAUCUUGAGACUUCCUCAUAAGGUUAUCUUAAAGUUUAGAGAAGGUCUACAUUGAAGGUGGCAGCCAUGGUGUUGAUUCUGGGCAGAAGGAUGAACAGGGAGGACCCCGGGAUCAGAGACUCACCAGCUGUUAAACGCAAGGUGUUUGAGGUUGACUCCAAAACUUUGGCUGUUCAGGAUGUCUUGGACUUUUGUUCUGGCUCGUCCCACUCAGAGGGCAUCCUGCAGGUGUUCAAUGAGUUUCGCGACUGCCGCCUCUUCACCGAUGUGGUCAUCAGUGUGCAGGGCCGCGAGUUCCCGUGUCAUCGUGCCGUGCUCUCAGCUUGCUCUUCCUACUUCAGAGCUAUGUUUUGCAAUGAUCACCGUGAGAGCCGUGAGAUGCUUGUCGAGAUCAAUGGCAUACUGGCUGAGGCGAUGGACUCCUUCCUCACCUAUGUUUACACUGGCCGCGCCAAAAUCACCACUGAGAAUGUCCAAUUCCUCUUUGAAACCUCCAACCUCUUCCAGAUAACCACACUGCGUGAUGCCUGUGCAAAGUUCCUGGAGGACCAGCUGGACCCAUGCAACUGCCUGGGUAUCCAGCAGUUUGCAGAUGCACAUGCCCUGAAGCAGCUAGCCAGCCGCUGCAACAGUUACGCCCUGGCCAACUUCUCAGAGGUGUCUCAACAUGAGGAGUUCCUCGACCUACGCAGAGAAGAGCUGGAAGAAUACAUUGCCAGUGAUGAGCUGUCCAUUGGGAAGGAGGAGGUGGUCUUUGAGGCAGUGAUGCGAUGGGUGUACCACAGUGUGGAGCACAGGAGGCCCAUGCUGAAGGCACUGCUGCACCAUGUGCGCCUGCCCCUUCUGCACCCCAACUACUUUGUCCAGACAGUGGAGGGAGACCAGCUCAUCCAGAAUGCCCCAGAGUGCUACCAGCUUCUCCAUGAGGCCAGGCGCUAUCACGUGCUUGGUAAUGAAAUGAUGUCACCCAGAACUCGUCCACGCAGGUCCACUGGCUACUCUGAGGUGAUUGUUGUGGUGGGUGGCUGUGAGAGAAUGGGUGGUUUCAAUUUGCCCUACACUGAAUGCUAUGAUCCAGUCACAGGAGAGUGGAAACCACUGGCUAAACUGCCAGAGUUCACCAAGUCAGAGUAUGCUGUCUGCGCCCUUCGCAAUGACAUUCUGGUGUCAGGUGGUCGUAUCAACAGCAGGGAUGUGUGGAUGUACAACUCACAGCUCAACCUGUGGAUCAGAGUGGCUUCUCUUAACAAAGGCCGCUGGAGGCACAAGAUGGGUGUCCUACUGGGCAAGGUUUAUGCUGUUGGUGGUUAUGAUGGCCAGAGCCGCCUGAGCAGUGUGGAGUGUUAUGACUCCUUCUCUAACCGCUGGACAGAAGUGGCUCCAAUGAAAGAAGCUGUCAGCUCCCCAGCCAUGGCCAGCUGUGCUGGCAAGCUCUUUGUCAUAGGAGGAGGGCCUGAUGACGACACUUGUUCAGACAAGGUUCAGUGCUAUGAUCCAGAGACAGACUCCUGGUUGCUACGGGCCAACAUCCCCAUCGCCAAGCGCUGUAUCACAGCAGUGUCCCUCAACAACCUGAUCUAUGUAUGUGGUGGCCUCACCAAGUCCAUUUUCUGCUACGACCCUCUAGAGGACUACUGGAUACAUGUGACUCACACCUUUAACAAACUGGAGAGCUGUGGCAUGUCAGUGUGCAACGGUAAGAUCUUCAUCCUUGGUGGCAGAGGGGAAAAUGGUGAGGCUACAGACACCAUCCUGUGUUACGACCCAGCAACAGGCAUCAUCACAGGAGUGGCAGCCAUGCAGCGGCCGAUCUCCUACCACGGAUGUGUAACCAUCCACCGGUACAAUGACAAGUACCACAGGCACUGACCUUAAACAAAUGUUCAGACAGACACACACUCUCACACGAGAGCACACACUAAAGAACUCUUUGAAAAGCUCUUUACU